AUGAAGUUCGCAUCCGGCCUCCUCACCCUGACCCUCGCCUUCAGCGCCUUCGCUGAGCCCAUCCCCACCCAGAAGCGCGCCCUCGCCGACUACACCGGCGUCUUCGACAAAAUCAGCACCCAGGUCGCUGCCGUUUCCGACAGCGUCGCCUCUUACGUCGGUGGCUCAACCCCAGGAACCGAUGUCCAGGAUGCCGCAAACACCCUCGUGGACGUGAUCAACGAGGGAGCCACCAGCGUCGGCGGCUUCGACGAUCUCAGCAACUCCGACGCCCUCGCGCUCGUCGAGCCCAUCCAGACCCUCACCGGUGACGUCGGCAGCCUUGUCGAUGCCGUGAUUGAUGCCAAGCCGAAUUUCGACACAGAUGGACUUUCGGCUGAUGUGCUUUCCUCGCUCCAGGCGCAGAAGACGGCUGCUGAGGCGCUUCGUGAUGCUAUUACCCCCAAAGUUCCUGACGCUCUGCAGGAUAUUGCUGCUGAGUUGGCAGAGGGUAUUGUUACUGAGAUCAACCGUGGUAUUACUGCCUACUCUUAG